UUUUCAUGUUUUUAUUUGGCACAAUGUGACUUCAGCCACGACACAGUGAUGCAAGAUAGACAUGGCAGGCCAGUGAAAUGAGAUGCUUGCCAUUUUGCUGAAUUUCCAUACAGUUUACAUACUGCAUGCAAAUAUAAUAGAGUGUGAUGCUUUUCAUUAAAUAUAGUAGUUUAGCAUUAACAUUAAUGUAGCCUGUAGCCUAGUGGCUAAGAUAUAUGACUGGGACCCGGAAGGUUGGUGGUUCAAGCCUCGCUGUAGCCACAAUAAGAUCUGCCCGGCCCUUGAGCAAGGCCCUAAACCCCACAUCGCGCCAGGGAGAAUCAUCCCCCUGCUUAGUCUAAACAACAGUAAGUUGUUUUGGAUAAAAGCAUCAGCUAAAUAAAUAAUUUAAGGAAACUGUAUACCAAACUGCAGGCGUUUGUGGAUGUCCUGGUGUACUUUAGGCAGCACUCUUCCUCUGUAAGAGAUAUCUAAAGACAGUCACCUUUUUUGUCUCCAAUUUUGUUUGUUACAAUGAAAUUCCAUUUGCAAACUAAGACAAAUAGAACUAUAACAUUGUUGUAUACCUGCUGAACAGUUACUUUGUUCCUAUAGCCCAGACACAGAAUUGCCGCAAAGCUUGCUUUGUACCAGCUCUACUUUUUGUGUAAUACUCAAGGAAAUGUUUCAGCCGUAUGACCUGCACAUUUUGUCAUGUCAGGAACAGGUAUAUUUAACUUAACAUGCAAUUAUAAGUAACAUUGCACCUUUAUGGAUUGCUGAAAUGUGUAGGUCCACAUCACGAAUAUCUACACCAAACUGGCUAUAUUUCAGCGUACAACUCGCGCAUUCACCUUUGUUCGUUGGAAAAGUCUAACAAGGUAACUUUUCAGUCAGAACAAAUGAAAAGAACGGCUAACGUGUGACAUCACAGAGGAAUGGCGUACUACUUUUCUACAUAAAUGUCAAACUGGCAGAUAAAAUUCCGCCGUGCAACGUUAUUCUAGAGCACCACAAUUCAAUGAGGAAUCUGUGAAGCUACACUUUGGACUAAGAUGGAUGACAACUACGAGGCACUGUGCUCGCAACUGGAUAAACUGCGUAAUGAAAAUUCCGAUUUGAGAAUGAUGCUAGAUAUAGUGAGAGAGAACUAUGAAUUACAGUCCAAGCUGUCCACGCAGCGACCCAUCGAUGUGACGGAAAAUAAAGGAAGGAAAAUGACGCUUCGUUGGCAAGACACUAUGGAAGAAGGACGAUUUAACAAUGAUCAGCCAAAUACUUCACUGAAAGAAUCCGCUCCAUUGACCAUUCAGUCGCUAGAAAAGGUUUCCUCACUGAAAAAGAUUCAAAAGGAACAGUUUGUAGACAGCGCUCAACUGUCUCUGGUGGGGAAAGUUCCUUCAGAAUUUAAGAAGCUGGAGCGACUGGUGGGAGAGGUUGCCUUCCAGCUGGAACGGCGUAUUCUGUUUUAUGUAUUCCCAGGCCAGAGCAGACUGUAUGGCUUCACUGUACUCAACAUACCCGAAAAGAUACUUCAGAUCUCUAAGCACUCUUUGACAGGGAAAGUGGAUGAGGACUACCGCUAUGACCUGUCUCAGCGUCACCUGGAACUGAUGGACAAGCUACGCCUGCUUGGCUACAGUGCGCCUAUACAUGCCCCGUUUGCUGAGUCUAUCGUCAACACCUAUGGCAUCCUCAAACAGCGGCCAGAUUCCUACAGCGCUGAAGAACUGGGCUACAACAACCCUGAAUUCCUGCGCAAUAUUGUUAUCAAAAUGGCCCCUUCCAAGUUUCUCAAGGAUCUGCUCUGCUUGCUCAGCUGCCUUUGCUUCAUGGCAAGGCAGGACAACAAACCUCUCUUCCUGUGGUAG